CGACCCAUGUGCACGUCCACUAAAUAAACAUAUUUUUAUUUAAGUAAAACCUUUUACAACAAACUUUAUAACUUCACUAAUAUAUCAAACAAUCUAAAUAAACAAACGUACUAGCAUAAUAAACUAACAGCUUUAAAAUGUGCAAACACGUGGUUUUAAUUCCUGUGAAGACCGUCGAUUCGGCUCUUCAAAAGAAGACGUGCAAAUCCGCGCUGCUGGUGCGGCUGUGGUCGGCCAGCAGGCGGGCCCUUAACCUCGAGCACUCGCCACCGCAUCAGUUCGCCUGCUGCCAAUGGCAGACCGGACAUAGGCCCGCCACGGCAUACCUCGUCUAUAGAUGGCUGUUGUUUAUCUCGGUAGUUACAGUCGGCAUCGCAAGUUUCGCGUGCCAGCACCUGCCGCGAGCGUACAAGGGGCCCGCGGUUGAGCUCAACUACUUCAAAUGGUUCAUCUACUUCACCAACUGGGGGUUCAUCUUCAUCGCCCUGCAGUCCGGACUCGCAUUAGCCGUUGUUCACACCUACCGAUCGGAGAAGACUUUUAACAUCUCGGGAGAAGACGAGGAGUGUCCGGUGCCGCGGCGCGCGCGCACCUCGCUCCUAUGCCGCGCGUACUGGCUCGCGCACAUCAUCGCCACGGACCUCGCGUUCGUUAUCACGCUCGUCUACUGGACGCUGGUACACGACCCAAAAAUCCACGAAGUAAACGCCCUGAACCUGCUAGUCCACGGCGGCAACUCGUUAGUGAUGUUACUAGAGUUGGCGGUCACUGCGCACCCGCUCCGCGCCGCGCAUGCGCUGUACGGCGCCAGCGCGGGUAUGGCGUAUGGCGUCUUCAGUGCCUUCUACUGGGCCGUCGGCGGCACCGACAGGAUCGGCCUGCCUGCUAUAUAUCCUGCGCUAGACUGGAAUAAACCUGGGUCGGCGUUCGGGUUCGUGGCGCUGUGCGCGGUGGUGCUGGUGUCGGCGCACGCGGUGGCCACGCUGCUAGCGGCGGCGCGCGGCCGCCUCGCCGCUCGGCUCAACCCGGCGCGCGCGCACUCCGACCGCCUCACGCUGCCCACACACUGAGGGCACAGGAAACGUCUCUAGGUUAUGUUAUUAGAUAAAUUAAUCACACUCUCUCUCUAAACCCAAAGACGGGCGUCGGGCGACGGGCGGGCAUCGUCCUCGAAGCCUCACACAAAAUGUAAUCGUUUCGCUUUACUCACCGAUCUCUCGUCAACACUGCCACGACAUGACAUUAGUUGUUUUACAAUAAGAUAACUGCAGCUUUCUGUUUUAAGGACGGGUCUAUUGUGGAUUAAAAUGAGGUUAUUCCUUAUAAGUUCAUUCCUCGAUAGCCAAAGAUUUGAUAAUAUGCAAUAUUGUAAGCAAUUAAAGUUAUAAAUGCCAUGCAUUUUACGGUUGUAUAAGCUAUGUAUGAGAUGCAAACGACAGGUUGUAACCUAAGAACAUGUUAAUUUUGUCUUUAUUCAUAAUUUGAGCUGACAAUACCUUGCAAGAGUGAGUAACACCAAGACUUACAAGAGAACUCUACGUAACAUAACUUAGGUACGACACGAAUACAAAAUGUUAUCAUUGUGAUAUUUAUGAAAGAAUAACGAUUGAACGCGGUAUUAUUAAAGGUGCUUGUCAUUUCAGUUGAGACUCUAUAAUAAUUAUUUAGUUGCAUUUUACUUAUAGCAUGUAUUAGAAUAAUAAAAUGAAUAAUCAAUAUAAUAUUCAAAACACUGAGUGUAAAUGAUAACUAUGAUAUUGUGCGUGUAUAAAUUAUGGCUGUAGGAGUCCCUAGAAUUAGGUUUCAUUCGGCACACAUUACACGCCAUGUGGUGUAUUGUUUCCCGAACCCAAUUUAAGGGAUGUGUGGAUAAAUAUUGCAACGUUGAAUGUAUUUUAUGUAGCUAUAGAUAGAUUUACAAUUAAAUUGAAAAUAAUAGACGUGGAUCUUAUAUUGUAGAGUAUGUAUCUCGUUAGUGAUACGGAUUUAGGCUGUUAUUAACAACUAUAUUUGGUUACCAGUGAUUUUACAAUUUACUCGACUAGUGUGGUUUUAAGACGUAUCAUUUAUUACCUUAGCAUUUAAAUAUAUGUAAGCUGUUUCGUACAGGUAUGUUUUGAAAGGCGACUCUAGCGAUGAAGGUUGGAUACUUGACAUCAUAUAUUUUAUAAUAACUUUCUAAGGUUUUUCGCUGCCGAGUUAACACAAAAGAUAUUACUGUGUGUCUUAUUCUGUCAAUUGAAAGCUCAACAGGCUCAAUAAUAAUUAUAUUUUCAUCGAAUUUCAUGCUGUAUGAGAUCACUAAUAAAUUAGAAAGUUUAUAGAAUCGUUAAAAUUAUCAAUGUUUGUAAGCAAUAAUACUAUGUAGAUAAAUGUGCUUUUCUGUACAAGUGAUGCGCAAAAUCAUUUAAUAUAAUACUUAAAAUAAUUGCUUGUUAGUUGAACAAUUGUCGUUUUGUUGACUGAUGAAGUCAUAGCAAUACGGGCCUCCGGAAUCUGCAAGACGUCUUGUGAUUGUACAAGUUGUCAAUAGAAACAUUUAUCGAUAUAUUGGAUUGGAAUCGUUUAGGGAAAUAAGGUUAAACUAUGGUAACAAAGAUGAUUAUUAUAGCAAUCAAUACAGGGUGUUAGUGACAUUGUACCGAAUACUGAGGGGGAUGAUUCAGACCGUGAUUCUGGGUUAAUAUAAAAUGGAAUUUUCAGCCGCAAAAUUCUACUCAGAAUCAUGAUCUGAAUCAUGCCUCAAAGUUUUCGUUACGAUAUCACUGACACCUGUAUAUAUUGUAAUAAUUAUAAUUUAACAAAAUUACUAUUUUUUAUAUGACUACAUGAACGUGAGGCUGUUUCAGUGUAUGUAGACUCUUUUCUCUUUGAUAUAUUUAUCGAUAACUAUGUACAAUCCGGUAAGCACUAUCGCUCACUGACAAGAUCAGUCGAUAGGAUGAUGAUAAUCGAUAGGAUACAAAAAGAUGCUAAUAUACAAUAAUGUGCAAAUGGACAGUGGUGACGACGCCGCUCCCCGUGUUGCUCAAAGAAUGAAGGUAGAUCAAAAAAUAACUUUACUUUCUUUACCUACUGAACAAUAUUGUGUAUUGAACCACAGAUUUUUAUUUGAACUUCUUCCACAACAUAUCCUUAUCAUCAUAGUGAUGAAACAAAAAGCCUGUGUUUAUUAUGUUAAAAUUAUUCGUGACUUUAGGACUUUAGGUCCUGGUUUUUAUGUUUGUUCAAUGACUCUCGUAGCUUAUAUUCAACAUAAACCCCUUUGUGUGAUAGGUAGAGGCACAAAGUGUUCUCUAAGACAGUAUUUUUUGCAUUUAUUAGUUCACAGUCAGUCGACAGAGUAUUAUUAAUUAUUUUCUCCAAAGGCAACCUUUUUGAAUUAUAAUAAUAUUGUACGAAUAAUUUAUAAUAUGUAGGUAUAUGUAUAAUUAAUUCCUAUCUAUAAUUGUAUUGUAGGUGACUCGUGAAUCUAUUGUCGACUGUCAAUUGUGAUCUGUAGUAAUAAUGAAAUAAUUGUUCCUAGCUUAGGUAUUAUUAAUUAUGUUAGGGUGAUUUACUGUGAUGCAGUGAUUGUUAUGUCACACCGUAAAACCUGUGAAAUAUU